AUGGUAAAAAAAUCAUUUAUACCCGUUAUUUCACAAGAAAAAAAAGAAGAAAACCCGGGAUCGAUUGAAUUUCAAGUAUUGAAUUUCACCAAUAAGAUACGAAGACUUACUUCACAUUUGAAAUUGCACAGAAAAGACUAUUUAUCUCAAAGGGGUUUACGUAAAAUUCUGGGAAAACGGAAACGACUCUUGUCUUAUUUGUCAAAGAAAAAUGGAAUACGUUAUAAAAAAUUAAUUAAUCAGUUGGAUAUUCGGGAGCCACAAACUAAUUAA